CCGUGACGCGUUUCCCGUGUUGUGAAGAUGGAGGCAGAAUAUUCGGAUGCAAACUUGAACGGCGCUGCGGAGGGAAUCCGUUCCGAACCGGGCAUCGAACAGGACGAGGCGUCCGGUGAUGAUGUCACCGGCUCCGUGGAAGAAGGCCCCGCCCCCGCAGAGGAGAGCGCAGCCACGGCGACGGGGUCGGAGGGCGGUGGGCUGUACUCGGCUGGCCUGGAGGAUUAUGGGGAGGAGGAGGAUCAGGAUUACCCUCGAGAGUUUGAGAAGUUCUGGAAGUUGACUCAGGAGAGCCCGGUGGACUUCAGUGCCUGGACCAGCCUGCUUCAGUACAUCGAACAGGAGGGUCACAUGUGCGCCGCUCGGAAGGCGUUGGGAGCGUUCUUGUCCCGCUACCCGUACUGCUACGGAUACUGGAAGAAAUGGGUGGACAUGGAGAGGAGGUCAGGGUUCAUCAACAAGGCAGUGCAGGUGUGUCUUCGAGGGCUCCAGCUCUUCCCUCUCAGUCUGGAUCUCUGGAUUCACUACCUAAGCUUCCUGCAGGAGACGCUCAACAUGAACCUGCCUCAGUCCGCUCUCCGGAUCCGUGAGGCGUUCCGCUCGGCCGUGGACGCGGCCGGGUGGGAUUUCCGAUCGGACCGGCUGUGGGAGAUGUACGCGGACUGGGAGAGGGACCAAGGGGACCCGCGGGCCGCGACUGCCGUCUACGAUAGAGUGCUGAGCAUCCCGACACAGCUCUAUCAGCAACACUUCCAUCGGUUUAAGGAGCUUGUCUCCAGCCACUCCCCUCGUGAGAUUCUCUCCGCGGAGGAGUUCCUGAGGCUGAGGUCGGAGGUGAUGCAGGGGUGCGCGGCCGUGACCCCUGACCCUGAUGGGGGGAGCGAGGUGAGUCCGCCGGGACUGACCCCGGGGGAGCGAGAGACGGACGAACACGAGCAGAAGAUUCGGGAGCUGCUGGUUGCUAGGCGACAGCAAGUCUAUGAAAGCAACGAGCUGGAAGUCAGCAAGCGGUGGAGUUUCGAAGAGGCCAUCAAGCGCCCCUACUUCCACGUGAAGCCGCUGGACCGCGCCCAGCUGCGCAACUGGCACAGCUACCUGGACUUCGAGGUGGGGGCGGAGGCGGGGGCGGGGCCAGGCGGGCGCGCAGAGCUGUUGUUCGAGCGAUGCCUCGUGGCCUGUGCUCUGUACGAGGAGUUCUGGAGCAAGUACGCGAAGUUCCAGGCUCAGCGCAGCGUGGACAGAGCGCGGAAUGUCUUCAAGAGAGCCUGCGAGAUUCAUCUGCCCCGAAAACCUAGCAUGCACCUGCUGUGGGCCGCAUUCGAGGCAGCAAGAGGUAACCUGAAGGAGGCGCGGCGCGUGCUGGAGGCCCUCGAGCAAUCGGUGCCCGGCCUGGCCAUGGUGAGGCUGCGCAGGGCCAGCGUGGAGAGGCGGGCCGGGAACCUGGAGGGGGCGGAGUCUCUGCUCCGGGAGGCGGUGCUCCAGAGCCAGGCCGCGCCCCUCCGCUCGUUCUACUCCAUCAAGCUGGCCAGGCAGCUGCUGAGAGUGCAGAGGGACCGUGGCAAGGCACGCAGAGUGCUGCAGGACGCUAUCGACAGAGACCCGACAGACAGUAAGCUGCACCUGGCUCUGCUGGAUCUGGAGCUGAGCACAGCAGAGCCGGGGCAGAGCGAGGGCCCGGUCCUGCAGUGUCUGAGCCGAGCGCUCAGCUGCUCCCUGCCGCCCCAGACCAGGCUGCUGCUGUCCCGCCAGAGACUCGAGUUCCAGCAGGACUUCGGGAGCAGCGUGCAGAGUUUGCUGACAGCUUACGAUGAACACCAGAAUCUCUUGAAUGAAACAGCGUCUGUGAAGAGACGCUUAGAGAACGGAGACUGCGAGGAGGAGGAGGGGGAGGAGCCCGAGGAGAAGAAGGUCAAAUCGGAAGACGGCCUCGUGGCCACGCCCAUCGACCACACCACGGUCUCCAUGCCGACACCCCCUGCCCCCUUGAUGGGCGGAGACUUGAACAGCAGCCAGGCAGCCUAUAACUACGGAGCCUGGUAUCAGCAACAGUAUGGAGCCUAUGGAUACCAGUCUCCUUGGAACUACAACCAGUACUACCCUCCCAGUUAGAACUGGGGCAAACCAGGAACCCUCCAGUCCCAGCCCUCUCCUCCGCUCCAGAGAGCUCUCUCAACAGCAGGGCAACGAAAUCAGGGAGGGGGGGCUGAUCCAGCGUUCAGAGUGAAUUCAGAAACAGCUGCUCGGGUUUGUGUGGAUCUCUGUUCUCCGCAGAGUCUCAGAAAAGCAGCGAUCCUCACAAACCCCAGCAGGAAAACUCUCUCCCACGAAAUACUUUACAUUUUUUUUUUCUUUUUAAAAGCUCUUUCAAAAGCGAAUUGUUCAGCUGUCUGUUUUUACAAGGAUUUUAAAAAGGUUUUGUUUUUUUUAAAAGGAAUGUUUUGUAAACAGCCAGCGUUUCUCUCCUAAACGUUUUUAGAGCUCUUUAGAUUAUAAAUGUACAUUUAGAAACUUUGCAAAUUCAACAACCAACGUUGCAAGUCGAAGACACUGAGAAAGACUUCUAGUGGAGACGCUUGUAUUGAAUUGACACUGAAGACACUGAGAGACUUCUAGUGGAGAUGUUUGUAUUGAAUUGACACUGAGAGACUUCUAGUGGAAACGUUUGCCCUUGAAUUGAGUUUCUUCCAGUAUAUUCAAGUUCAGCAGUUUUGUGGAUAAGAGAUUAAAUGUCUCUACUUCAAUCCUUUUUUAUAUAUUGAUUAAUAAAGACCACUGUUUUAUUUGCA